ACAGAUCCUUGGUAUUGGCGGGUUAAUCGAUGAGCAAUCCGAAACGUCGAAGAUCCAAUGUAGAAUUUUUGGAUCUAAAAAACACUAUUGAAUCUCCACCUAUGGAUCUCGAUGCUGAUCAGAAUAUCAGAAAGUCAAAAAGACUUCGUCGUGAUUCUGUAUGUCUAUCAAAGUCAGAAAGUAAAGAGCCUUCAAAACCAUCCAGAGCACCUCGAAGAAAGUCAUUGAGAUGCCCAUUAAAGCAAGUUGAAUAUGAUCCUGUUAUAAUCUCUUUCUUACGGUUAUGACCCAGCUAUUCCUAUUGCUUAGUAUUCUCGGACACGGAUUCACCCGACAGGUCCCCAAAUCAGAACACGGUUGAACAGGAAAGAGAUUAUAUUCCAAAUAACAAGGUUAGAUGGAAGUAAGAUGCAUAAUAGAGAAAACGUUAGUAUAUUUAUAGUUUUUACAUGAGAAAAUUCUAGAGUAUCCUCCAACUACCGACUAGUGCUGAUAGGAUAAGAAUUAGCCAAUCAGCGUGCGGCAAAACAAUCGUGCAUUGAGCAUGCUUUAAUCCAGUCUAUGUCCCGCUAACAGAUCCUAUCUUCAAUUUUCCUACCAUAUGAUCCGUCUUGUUCCUACCAUUUCAACGGUUUAAAAUACUUUUGAAAUAUUACUAAAUGUUGUCCAACAAUCACUAUUCUGAUUGGCUGUAUUUUGAACACCGUGAAUUGAAUGUGAAUAUGCUUGUAGCAGUGAUGAAGAUGUAGCUUACUGGUGUGAAAUUCGAGUGUAAGGUCAUUGAUAAUACGUCCAAACAUCUGCUCACUUUGGCUUGGGUAGCUACACGUAUCUCUAACUAUCCCACAAGAUUUUAGUUCAGGGGUCAGUUGAUCACACAAAUUUGUCCGUAGUCAUCGAGUUUUGAUUUUUGCCUUAGUUUACAGCAUUUUGACGUUAAAGUCGUAAUAGAAAAUAGACUCACCAAGCUGGUUGUGAUAAUUUUUCGCUCUGAAUUUGUUCCACGUACAACAUCGGUGUAGUAUCAAAAAAGGACUUAGAACCCCACUAAUAGUGCAAAAUGUAAUGGACCAAACCAAUUUCCAGUCAAAUCAAAAGUCCCAAUUACUAUGCCAUUGUAAAUAUUGUUAAUGCUUACUUUUGUGUGAAAGCAGUCUCCGUUUAUCUAUUUUGGCUGAUCAAUGCAUGUUGAAAUUUUCAAAUUUCUAUGAUUACCUUGUCUCCUUAUCCUUAUUCUGUUCUGUUGGCCGAAGUAAUUCGUCUCAUGUUGGGUUGGGUUAAGUUAGUUCCUGAUAUUUUUUAUUCAUUUUUGAGUACAAUGGGUGUUCAGAACUUUAUAAGGUCCCAACCAAAUUUAUCUGUUAGUGUUCAUUCUUUACUCCAAUUACUUCUUAUGUAACCGAUUCGUGAUUUAUUGCUUAGCUUGAAAUAUUUUAUUUUUAGUUAAAUUCGCAUGAUAGUACAUCCACUAGUCCUACCCAACUAACUGUUCAAAUGAAAAAUGACCUACCACACAUGGAUGUUAGUUCUAUCAAUACUAUUUCAUUUGGUAAUCUGUCAAUUUCAUCACCAAACAAGUCAGAAAAUACUAAAUUAUCUGGUCCAAGUUCUCCAUUUAUUCCUGCAUUCGUUUCAGAUUUUUACCUCUCUAAAAGAUAUAUUCCCCCUAAGCACAGAGGGUUAGCCACAGUAGUUGAAGAUUCUGUUAAACGGAGUCAGCGACGUCCUAGAUCGUACAAAAAGACCGAACUUUCUCCAAUAAGACGACAAAUAUUUACAGGCCAAACUCUUGAGGAAGCUUGUGCCCCUACAGCUGCUGGUAUUGCUCCGCUAGACCCAGAACUUGUGUUGUCAGCUACACGUAAGCGUGUUAUCAGACGUCAAAGGCUUGCGAAAAAGUUAGGGUUUCGUGGCAUUAGUAUAUCCAAGCAGACUGAAGAGAACUUUGCUAAAUUUCUUUCACAAUCAAAUUUGAAUUCUUCUCACAGUAGCUCAGCAUCUAUCUGAGAUUAAAUGCAAUUGUCCUUCAUAUUAAUCUCGUACUGCUUAUUGAUACCUACGUCUUUCAAUUAAAUAUCAAAAUUCAGACCCUCCUUGUUUUAUGUAAAUCUUUUAUUUAUAUGACAGAUAUUUCCACCAGCGUUCACAUAGAAUCUUGCAUACAUGGUUUGCAAAAGCAUCGUAAGAACUUCAUAUUUCAUCCCUUUUUUCUUGCAUAUGAUAUCGUGUCGUGUAUACUUUUUGAUUAAGUAUGAAACCUGUUCAGAUUUUUUACAACUUGUGUUUACAAAACGAAUUUGACUUUUAACUCCCUUUAGAUUUUGUUACAGCCCAAGAUGUGGGGGAUUUUAUAAAACAUCAUUUACUCUGAAUAUAAUCUUUUUAGUUCUUUUGAAACAAAUAUCCUCAUAUUUUUCAAAAACGUUUCUUUUGUAAAGUUGGGCUAUGCUUCAAAUACUGAGACACGUUGCAUAUCAUUUUUAUCAGUAAGCUUUUACCACAGAUUUUAAAUGUGACCAUUAGCAAACUUUUAAAUUUAAAAGAAAUCAAUUACGUGGUUGGGUUUUAAGAUUUUUUCAAUAUUGCUUGAUCGGCAGUUGGGUGCCCAAGUUUCCAAAAAUUCCCGUUUUAAUCGUACUUUCUUGUAACCUUACUAAUUUUAUAGAAUAAAUUGUGUGCACCAACAGUCCUGGAAGCAUGUUUCGUCCUAUCUAGGACCUGUCAGCUGCACCGAUUCUCAUCUCAAUGUUGAUUAUUUUGGGACUUGAACCCAGUGUCCUUUGUUUCAGACGCUAAUAUGUUAUGCACUAAGGUACUGAGUCAAGAUUGUCACUUACAUGUGUGCCGACAAAGACCAGUCAAAAUACAGUCUUGAUCAUCUAUAAAGUUACUAACUUCUGUCUGAGCCAUAUUGGUAGAUGCAAACAACUUGGGUGUGGUCCGGGAGAGUAUCGUAACCAGCGGUUGGAGGCCCUGGGUGGCAUGGCUCAGAAUCAAUCACAGUGAUACAGGUGCAUACACUCUAAGUCUUCCCUUAAACUGUGAGAUUAAAAUUAUUUAUACAUUUCUUUCUACUAAUUAUUUAUUUGAACACAUAAAUAUUGGUACAAAGGGGCGCCGAAUACACAUGCGCUACACAAGUCACUUGAAUUGUGUGUAGGCUGUGAUACUGCCCCGUUGCCCAAACCGAGGCAGGUGGUUUUUUCUAGGGGCCACACCCAGAGCCUUCGACUUAAAGGUCUGAUCCAAAAAGCAGUGGAGCAACGUCAGGAGAUGCAGUCUCAUGGUGGCUGGUGGCCAACGAUUGGUUCAUACGUCAUUUGUUCCUUCGGGACCUUGGAGUCCAUGAACACCAUUGGUUUGGGACCAGGGUUUCCUAACUCUUCGAGGUGGAUCCUCCGUGUCCACCAACACAAUUAAAGCGCAGGACACUCGCUUUCCGUCCUCUCAAUUUCGUAAACAACACCGCCGCGAGAUGGCAGUGAGUUGGACUUCCCUGGCAGUACCUGUAUACGUGUGGCCAUGGGAGAGCUGGCUCUCCACCCUCGGACAUACCAAGACAUUUAGGGGCCUGAACUAAUUCUUUGUCCAGGUAUCAUAUCCUUAUAUGUAAUCUUUUUCUAUAUAUUACUAUCAUAGGAGUAUGAUUUAGGUGCUCAUCGUGUUGUGCUAACAAGGUAUGACAACGGACCGAUACAUAUGUAUGCCUGGUCCUACGUUGUAGAAGACUGACUUGCUUGGAUUGUUGAAUAAGGUGCUCAGAUGAGUUUGUACUUUGUCAGCGUCUUCACCAAACAAAACUGUAUAAUCUGCGUAUUUUAAGUCAAAAAGUAAAUCCCCUGGUAGAUCACCCGACCGUAGCUGCUACCUUGACGUGGUGGUCGGGCUUGCCUAUCGUGAUGAAGCAACCGAGCUAUAUUGGUUGGAACAUAUGUUACUGUAGGUACUACCAUGCCAGGAAGGUCGACUAGAGAACGGUAAGACUAAGAGCAGCAACUCAAGGUCUGAGGGCAAAGUUGUGCCGCUGACUGUAGAGGGGUGUGACAACAGUAAGGUGUUUCCCUCGGACAACCAGCAUCUGCAGCGAUGCUGCCUUCCCACAAAGAGGGGUGGGGGUAGAAAAGGUUGACCCUAAAAAUGUCACACCUCACCUUACCCCACAGAUUUCCGUCUCCGGCGGUAAGGCCCUUUGAAAAACGGAGCUAACACAUUAAAAACCUUCCACGAAAAAACCGUGCGCGACCGGCCUCAAGCAGUUGUCCCCUGGGCUCUGUGGUCACGCUCACAGGUCGUUAAGGCCGACAUUAAUCAGACUUUUUUCAGGUUCCUCAAGAAAUACCCUUCCACGGUGUGGGCAGCCGGAAAGUGACACCAGCCCUCAUACCCGUGACAACACACGAGACCAAGUUGGUCACAUUUAUCUUGGAAGUCUGAUCAGCCCUAAUGGGUCGGUAUCGGACGAAAUCUCAGCACGGAUUCGAAAAGCUCGAUUGGCUUUUGCCAACUUGCGUCACCUAUGGCGAAGGCGAGAUAUCCGUCUAUCAAUAAAAGGACGAGUAUACUGCGCGGCAGUCCGUUCUGUUUUACUUUACGGCAGCGAAACAUGGCC